CGUGUUGUGUCCGCCGGCGAGAUGGUUUGACUGCUGUCAACGAGCCGAGCCAACGUGGGCGCGAGCCCUUGUCACACCUCACUGACGGGUCCGUUGGUGACCUUUACGGUCACAGUCACAUCAGAGGCAUCAGAGGCCUUUGAUGUCCGAUCAAUAGAGAGUACAAGUGAUAAAAGGCAUCCGUUCUUUCACUUGAGCUCGUCCAUCUCGAGGAGCCGCUGCUGUGAUCAGAUUGUUUGUCCAGACUGAGACCCUUCUCUUCAGUGCCCUGGGAUUUGGGAGUUACAGAUGGAGCGAGAGCAGAUUUUUAAAUCUGCCUCUCCACCUCCACCUCCUCCUCCUCCUCCUCCUCCUCCUCCUCUUCAAGGCGCUUCUUUUCUCCACACCACUCCAGAAUAUUCACAAUCACAAGCUUCGUCCAGUGGUCCACAAUUACCACCUCCUCCUCCUCCUCCUCCCCCUCCCCCUCCCCCGGCUGUCUCCCCACCGGCCCCCUCGUCUUCUCGUAACGUUCACCGACGGUCCAUGAAGAAGCUGAACUGGGACGCUCUUCCCAGUCAGCGUGUUCUGGGGAAGCUCAACGUCUGGACUUCCCAGCGGCCUCAGAGAAACCUGGUGCUGGACAUCCAGAGCAUGGAGGAGCUGUUCAGUCAGGUGGACAAGAAGGCUUCGCUGCGAGCCUCCAAGACUCUAAAGGGCAGGGAGGGUGUGGUCCACCAUCCGGAGGAGCCGCAGGUCACCAUUCUGGACUCCAAGAAGAGCAUGAACAUUGGGAUCUUCCUGAGGCAGUUCAAGAGGCCAAUAGAGGAAAUGAUGCAGGACAUUUGCCUGGGGAAGUGGCAGCGCUUCGGUGCUGGGAAACUCCAAGAGCUUUGUAAACUUCUGCCCGAGGGCACCGAGGUGAAGCAGCUGCUGUCUUUCAGUGGGAACCUGUCGCUCCUGCCCGAGGCCGACCAGUUCAUGGUGCGGCUCGUCCAAGUGCCCGGCUACGAGGAGCGACUGAAAAUGAUGGUGCUUCGGGAGGAAUUCUUCCCUCUGAUGGAGGAGGUGAACAGCGCUGUUGCUGUCCUGAUCAAAGCAGCCAACGAGCUGCUGGACUGUGACGACCUCCACUCAGUCAUCAGGCUGGUGCUCAAAGCUGGGAACUACAUGAACGCUGUGGGUUCAACCGCUGGCUUCUUGGGCGGCUACAGCGCCAACGCCAUCGGCUUCAGGAUGACCUCGCUGCUCAACCUGGCCGACACCAAAGCCAACAAGCCGGGAAUGAACCUCAUGCACUACGUUGCCAAGGUACAAGCGGAAGGCAUCGACGGCGAGCUGCUGACCUUCCCCAGCCAGCUGCAGCACAUCGGCAGCGCGUCCAGGAUUUGCAAAGAGGAAGUCACCUUGGACUUUGACAGAGAAGUGAAGAAGUUGAAGGAGGUGAAGUUGUACACCAGCAGAAACCCCAGCCUGGCUCAGCAGAUGGAGCCCUUCCUGGCGAGAGCCGACGCCAAGAUGGCUGAGGUGGAGUUUUCCCUGCAGGACCUGCAAGUGCUGAGCCACGCCGUGGCCGAAUACUUCUGCGAGGACCCCUGCACCUUCAAGCUGGAGGAGUGCUGCUCCAUCUUCCACUCCUUCUGCAAGCGCUUCCACACGGCAGUGCAGGAGAACCGUGAGCGAGAGGCAGCGGAGCAGCGGCGCAAGAGGAAGGAGAGCAUGCGGAACGCCGCCAAGCGCCGCGCCGUGGUGCCAGAGCCGGAUUCACUUCCCUCCGACCUGAGUCUGGAGUCCGCCCUGCACAGCUUCCUGUCCAGCGCUCCGGACGGGCUCGCCCGACACAGAAAGUGCACGCAGCCGGCCGUGGACGUCAGCAAGGAGCCAGAGGAGCCGGAGGAGGAGGUGGAGGCCUCUUCUGCUGCUGAGCUGGAGCCUGGCGUCUCGCAAACGCAACUGCAGAACCAGGAGGCAGAAGAGACUCCACCAGAGGGCGACGUGGAGAAGAGCCAGGCGGCAGCUGAGGACAAGGCCCCCGACUCUCCAGCGCCACUCUACACCCCUCACACUCCUCGCCCUCGAACCAGAGACUUCUUCUUUGCUCACAAUGGCGACGCAGGUUCGCCGUGGACAAUCGUGAGUCCUUUCGCUUGCUCCGCUCGGCCUGCGAGCUGCAGGCCCAGACAUCAGCGCCGACUGUCGGCCAUGGAUGCUGGCGACGAUCUGGAGGGGGUGUGGGAGACGGAGGACCCGGCCGAGCCCCCGAGUUCCCCUGGUCAGGACCUGCCGCCCGUGUCUCCACCUGAAGAGGCCUGUGCUGCGGCUCAUCCAUCCAAGGGCGUCUCCUCAAGGUCAGCUUCCGUGGAUGAAACCAAGUCGGUGCCGUCCGGGUUCCGCCUGGGCGACUUGUUCACCAGAAGCAUGUCUCAGAGGUCCUUCUCCACCGGCUCCAAAGCCGAGUUCCCCAAGGAGCGCAGCCGUGGAGAAGCUCACGAGAAUGCCUUUGGAAUCAUUUCUUUUUUUAGGCGCUUUGGAGGCAGAAGUAAAACGCUUGACGCCGACGACACCAACCAAUGAAACCAUCUCUCCUCCUCUCAUUUUCGAGGUCCAAGGCAAACGGGCACUUGCUUUGGACGUUUGGUUCUUGGGAGUCCAACAACUCUCAGGGACCUCUGCCCUCCUUUUUUAUGUGCAAUAAAUGGAAUCAUUUUUUAUCAUGGAAUGCACUUUUAACCGUCUGCUCUGCCGCCUGCGCAGCUUCCAGAGCUCGUCCUUCAGCUCACCUCUGGGGUCUUGACUGGGACGCAGCUGACCUUUCACCCUGGCCGCCGCCUGCGUAUUUGCACGUUGUUGUUUUUAACUUAUAAAGUCGUGACUUUUCAAGCAGAGCUCUGUCACUGCAGCUGUUUCCAAGCAUCAGGCCAGUGCCUCUUCUGUGAGGACCUCUCCUCCUCUGCCAACACCCAGCUGGAUCGAAGCUGCAGCCUUCACAAUA